UAGGGAGCUAAAACAAGGUGGUUGGGGGCAGGCAGGCAUUGUUUCCAAAGGUAUCGGUACCAGUGAGGUCAGAAGUCAGGGCUCUCCACUGUUCCCCCUGCCCCUGGAGAUCCAGGCCUGGGAUCUACUAACCAGGCAAACCACAACUCCUCCCCUGCUUUAUCUGUUUUAUAAAUCAGGUGGCCACAAGUGAUUCUGUGUGAACAGAGUUCACUAUGAGGAUGAAGUUCACCGAUAGAAUACAUGAGAAUCACAGAACUGGUCCCAUUGUAUAGACUGGGAAACUGAGGCUCAGAGAAACUUAGCUCUUCUACCCGCCUCCCUCUGCCUACAGGAAGGCCACACAGAAAGCCAAAGCUUAGGAGAGACUCACUCAGUCUAUAUGCCUUCUGGCCCAGCUGCAGAAAGGGGAGCCAGCUUCAUAGGGCAGGAUAGGCAGGCUGCCCUGGGGCAGAGGUGACCUUGUGCCUUCUGGGAUCCCCCAGCACCUUUCUGUCUGUGCUGCUGGAGGGUGGGGUGCAGAGCCCGGGAAACAUGCUCCUUUGCCUGUCCCCUGCUUGGCUGACGAAGGUAGCAGCACCAGGGCAGCCGGGUGAGGCGGCCCUGCUGGUCUCCAAGGCUGUGAGCUUCCACCCAGGGGGCCUGACAUUCCUGGAUGACUUUGUCCCCCCUCGGCGUGCCACCUACUUCCUGGCAGGCCUCGGACUAGGGCCUGGCCAUGGCCGGGAGGCAGCAGAGCUGGCCCGAAACCUGACUUGCCCCACAGGAGCCUCGGCAGAGCUGGCCCGGCUGUUGGAGGACCGGCUGCUGAUGAGGCGGUUGCUGUCCCAGCAGGGUGGUGUGGCUGUGCCAGCUACCCUGGCUUUCACCUACAAGCCUACAGGGCUGUUGCGGGGAGGAGAUGCCAGCCCGGGACUACGGCUGGUGGAGCUGAGUGGCAAAGAGGGCCAGGAAACACUGGUGAAAGAGGAAGUAGAGGCCUUUCUGCACUCCGAGGCCCUGGGUGAUGCCCUGCAGGUGGCCGUGAAGCUCAGUGGCUGGCGCUGGCAGGGACGGCAGGUUCUGCAUCUGCAUCCACGGGCAGAGCGGGACACAGUGGUGGACACAGUGCUGAUGUUGCUGGAGAAGCUGGAAGAAGAGGAAAGUGUCCUGGUUGAGGCCAUGUGCCCAUCUGCCCAGCUGCCCUUCCCAGGCGGUCCCUCUCCCAGCCCUGAGCUGGCUGUGCGUAUCUGUACUGUAGUGUGCCGGACUCAGGGUGACAGGCCCCUGCUGAGCAAGGUGGUGUGCGGCGUGGGUCGUGGGGACCGGCCUCUGCGGCACCAGAACUCCCUGCCAAGUACGCUGGAGGUGGCGCUGGCCCAAUUAGGACUGGGCGAGCCAGCGCAGGUGGCGGUCGUGCGGCAGCGCGUCAAGGCUGCAGCUGAAGCUGCGCUGGCUGCAGUGCUAGCGCUGGAGGCCGGCCUGAGCGCCGAGCAGCGCGGCGGGCGCCGGGCCCACACUGACUUUCUUGGCGUGGACUUCGCACUGACAGUGGUCGGCCGCGAGCUGACUCCAGUGGCCCUGGAGCUGAACGGCGGCCUGUGCCUAGAGGCCUGCGGCGCGCUGGAGGGGCUGUGGGCCGCGCCCCGCCUGGGGCCCGCGGUCGAGGAGGCGGCGGCGGCGCCACUCGUGGAGACCAUGCUCCGGCGCUCGGCGCGCUGCCUCAUGGAGGGAAAGCAGCUGCUGGUGGUUGGCGCCGGCGGAGUCAGCAAGAAGUUCGUGUGGGAGGCGGCGCGCGACUACGGGCUCAAGCUGCACCUGGUGGAAUCGGACCCCAACCACUUUGCAUCCCAGCUGGUGCAGACCUUCAUUCACUUUGAUGUGACAGAGCACCACAGGGAUGAGGAGAAUGCGAGGCUGCUGGCAGAGCUGGUACGGGCACGUGGCCUGAAGUUGGAUGGCUGCUUCUCCUACUGGGAUGACUGUCUGGUGCUCACGGCCCUGCUCUGCCAGGAGUUGGGGCUGCCCUGCAGCUCCCCAGCUGCCAUGCGCCUGGCCAAACAGAAGAGCCGCACCCAGCUGCACCUGUUGCGCCGCCAUGGCCCACCCUGGCCUGCACCCUCCAUCCAUGCUGUGGCCUGCUGUCCAUUAGAGAGUGAGGCUGAUGUGGAGAGGGCUGUCCACCAGGUUCCCCUGCCAGGGGUAAUGAAGCUGGAGUUUGGGGCAGGUGCAGUGGGUGUGCGGCUGGUAGAAGAUGCACCACAGUGCCAUGAGCACUUUUCCCGAAUCUCCCGUGACUUGCAGGGUGAGGCUGACCACCCAGGCAUUGGGCUGGGCUGGGGCAAUGCCAUGCUUCUAAUGGAGUUUGUUGAGGGCACUGAGCAUGAUGUGGACCUGGUGGUGUUUGGUGGGCGGCUGCUGGCCGCCUUUGUCUCUGACAAUGGCCCCACAAGGCUGCCUGGCUUCACAGAGACCGCAGCCUGCAUGCCUACAGGGCUGGCACCAGAGCAGGAAGCACAGAUGGUGCAGGCAGCCUUCCGCUGCUGCCUGGGCUGUGGGCUGCUUGAUGGGGUCUUUAAUGUGGAGCUUAAGCUGACUGGGGCAGGGCCUCGGCUCAUCGAGAUCAACCCCCGCAUGGGUGGUUUCUACCUGCGUGACUGGAUCCUGGAGCUCUAUGGUGUGGAUCUGCUGCUGGCUGCUGCUAUGGUGGCCUGUGGCCUUCGGCCUGCCCUUCCUGCCCAUCCACGUGCCCAUGGCUACCUUGUGGGCGUCAUGUGCCUGGUGUCCCAGCACCUGCAGGCAUUGAGUUCCACUGCUAGCCGAGAGACUUUGCAGGCCCUGCAUGACCAGGGCCUGCUGCGCCUCAAUCUGCUGGAGGAGGCCCUGGUGCCUGAUGUUUCUCUAUCUAGGAGGAGAGAACCUGGCUGGAUCCCUGGACGUGGACAAAUGCCAGGACAAUUUGCGAUUAAAGCCCCUGUUUUUCUCUUUUCCGAAUUACAUGAGUUAUGGAGCCUAUUGAAAACUUCUGGCAGUGCCCCUGUCUCAACUGAGCAAUAGAAGCAGGUAGCCAGGCUACCUCUUCUCACACUUCCAGGUAGACACUAUUCCCAUUCUACAGAUGAGAAAAUGGGCCCAGAGAAGAAAAAUGACUGUCGCCAAGGUCAUAGCACAGUGCAUAUUAAUACAGUGCAAUGGCCAGGUUUCUGUGUUUACCAAUUCUAUGUGCCCAUCAGCUUCCAGGCCUCCCACCUCUCUGCCCUCAUUCAUAAGCAGCUCUGAGACUCCUGAAUACCCUGUACCUUCCCAUGCACCAUACACCUUCUCCACCAAGUGCUUUGGCCUCUGGCACACUUAACUAGCACAGGCAGAGGGUAUCUACACUACACUCCCUUCCUCAUUCAAGGAGACUGCUUUAAGGCUCCUGCCUCUGUCCUGCACAGAAGCUGUGGACAACUCUGCAAGCAUUCUUUCCCCAAAUAAAUGUUUAUGGACUAGUGGCA